CCAAGUUACAUCCAAGCACUAACGUUAAAUAAGCCGAUUGUAAUACUCGGAGAUUUAAACUGUGAUGUGUUAAGACAGAAUUGUCCAGAAUCCAAAGCAUUGAUCAACUUUGCUAAAGAAAUUAACCUCAGCCAACUUAUAAAGUCUCCUACACGAAUCACCAAUACCACUCAAUCCUUAUUAGACGUUGUAUUGGUCUCCUCGAACUCGCUAGUACGUCGUAGCGGUGUUUUAAAUACAACAAUAAGUGACCACCUUCCAGUCUAUGUCGAUUUCAAGUUGAAAUCUCGCAAACAUCCUCCCCAUUACAUAACCGUUCGUAGUUACAAGAACUAUUCGCCUAGUUUAUUCGUAACUGACUUCGCCAGAAGUUCACACGACAGCUUAUUAUCUAUUUUCAACGACGGUGACGUAAAUAGUAUGUUAGACACAUUCAACCAAACCAUCCAAUCUACUCCAGACUCGCAUGCUCCUAUAAAGACAGUCAAAGUACGUAGCCGUCCUUGUCCGUUUGUAACUCAGGACAUAAAGGACCUCAUGAAGACCAGAGACCAGCUACACCGCCGAUACUUACACUCGGGACGACCUUGA